ACAUGGCGGACGCGGAAGGCGAAGAUGAAAGGUCAGUAAAACCUCCCGAAGAACAAGAAAACCACGAGCCUAAAGACGACGAAAACCCACCAAGAGGCAAGCUAGAUAGACUGAGGUCCUUCAGUACUGCAAGUCUUGUGGCUAGGAAUAAGUUAGCUUCGUUAAUCCAGAUUGCAAGUGAAGCGGAGAGCGAUGGUAAAACUGAUCAUAAGAAAGUUGCGGAUAAAGUGUUUGACUCGCUCGUGGGAGGAACAUUUGAUCUUGAAGGUCGCUUUACCAUCCAAGAUUCAGCUGACUUACUGAUUUUACUAGAGCUUCUUGAACACUGUAAUGUCUCACUCAAGGUUGAAAUACUUGGUCUAUUGAUUGCUAUUCUAAGGAAAAGUGUUCCUAACCUCCAGGCAGCUACUAAAAUAGGAUUAAUUGAACGAAUUCUUAGCCGUCUGCCCACUGAACCAGAAAUAGUGGCUCAUAAGCUUGUGGAGUUACUAGGAAUAUUGUCCAGUUAUAGUAUUACAGUAAAAGAACUAAAGAACCUACUUGGUGCAUUGAAGGGAGACCAAGAGUCAUGGCCACUUCAUGCUAUAAAGCUACUGAAAGUAUUGAAACUGAUGUUAGAGAAGCAUGGACCAGAUGUGUACUUCAACUUUACUGGACAGGAUGGAGCUGCUAUCACUCUUCCUCCCAUCUCCAAAUGGCCACUGCAGAGUGGCUUUACAUUUUCUACCUGGGUUUGUCUUGACACUUCACACAUGGCUGAUGCUCCGAAAUGUAAACCAUUUCUUUAUUGUUUUCGCACAGGCAAAGGCCUUGGUUACUCUGCUCACUUCUCUGGUCCAAUGCUUGUACUUGAAGCAGCUGUGAAGGCUGGCAAAAAGGAGAACAAAGUCCACACUCAUCUUGUCAAAUUUGAUUUCCGCCCGCAACAGUGGUACAUGGUUACAGUAGUGUACACUUACAACCGAUUCAGGUCCAGUGAAGUGCGCUGUUUUGUCAAUGGAAAACUUUCGUCAUCAGGAGAUCUGACAUUGCUGCAUACUAAUGAACCUUUUGACAAGUGCUACAUUGGGUCAUCCCCCAAGGCAGAUGUGACCAGUGUCUUCCAUGGCCAAACAGCUGCUGUCUAUGUGUUCUCAGACGCCUUAACACCUAAUACUAUAGCAGCUAUCCACAGACUGGGUCCAGGAUACAUGGGACAGUUCAAAUUUGCAGCGGAAAUUGAUAUUCCUAUCUCAGAGCAAGACAGAAGGGUUCUCUAUGAUGGACAUCUUGCAUCAAGUAUCAUGUUCAUGUACAGUCCUAAGUCGUGUGACCAACAGUUGUGCAUGGAAGCCUCACCUACUGAAAACACCUCAUAUUUUUGUCAUUCCCCUCACGCACUUAUGCUUGAGGGUGUCCAGGCUGUAAUCACUCAUUCAUUUCAAAGUGCGCUUCAUUCACUUGGCGGAAUUCAGAUGCUUCUUCCUCUCUUUACUCAACUUGAUUUUGCGCAAGACGAAAAUGAAUCCGCACCAGACGUAACGAUAUGUGCUGUUUUGCUGUCUCUGCUUUCCGAUCUACUCAAAAGUUCUUCCACGAGUCAACAGCAGAUGAUGCGAUGUCAGGGAUUCCUUGUUAUCAGUAACAUUCUUGAAAAGACAAGCGUACCUUACCUCACGGAACAGUCAUUGAACAUACUGCUCUCCCUUGCAAGGCAUCUGUUGUAUACCCCAGGAGGUGGACCGUUGCUAGGUAGCCUUCUAGAUCACGUGUUGUUCAACCCUAACCUAUGGGUGAAGACUUCUGCUAAGGUACAACUUCAGCUAUUCAGUGUAUUUGCGACAGACCUUGUGACGGGAUUAGGGGGUGCUGCACAUAUUCGACGAGAGGUUGGAGUCAGAAGACUGAUGUACAUGUUAAAAAAAUAUUACUGGCUUGAUCGCCCUGUCGAACAGAUUGACAAUGGCACCCCACGUCCUAGUAAAGAAGACGUCAAGUCUCUUCGAGCAUUCCUACUUCUUCUAGUAAAACAGCUUGUCCUGAAGGAUCACGGUAUAGCAGAAGAUGAAUUGUAUGGUAUUUUAGCCUACUUGGUUGCUACUAAAGAGGAAGAAAAUAUCCUGGACGUAUUGCAGCUGGUGUUAUCGAUCAUGACAGAGAAACCUGAAACAGCUGUUCCUGCUCUGGAUAAAGUAGAUGGUUUAAGGAUUAUUUUCAAGUUUCUAGACGCCUCUCUAGAGUCUGUCCGUGUAUUUGCCUUGAAGAUCAUUGGUUGUUUCAUCCAUAACUGUAAUAUUAAGCGAAAAGUGGAGCUUCUACAACAUUAUGGUUUGUUUUCAAUGAUCGGGAAGAAAAUCAUGAUACAUGGCCUGACGCUCACCACGUACAAUGUACUAUUUGAAAUAUUUGUUGGACGUGUAUCCAAACAAAUAGUCAGUGCACGACACCCUGAGCCAGACGCCAGCUAUGUCAUUCAUAAUCCAAAUCUCGCCCCUGUUAUCGUCAAAAUGCUGCACCAACUCGAAGACAAGUCUCCACUAAAUGAGCUCCCAGAAGCUUCAGCAGCAGAAGCGUCGAUUGAAUCAAGCAGCAACUCUUCACCAAAUGGAAAACACGACCUCAAACGCCUGUUCUUGUCUGAUCUGGUUCUGCUCCUCAAUCAUAGCAAAGAAAAUCGAAGUAUACUCUUACAGCUCUCCUGCUGGCAAGACUGGCUGUUUUCUUUAGCUUACAUAGAACCGAAAGACAAAGUCGAGCAGAGGACAACAGACACAGUGUUCUCGUUGUUUCGGAUGCUUCUUCACCAUGCGUUCCAAGAAGAACGAGAAGGCUGGCGGAUCUGGGUGGAUACACUGGCUAUUUUACAUGGAAAGGUCAGCCAAUACGACAAAGAAAAAGAAGAAAAGGAAGCAGAUGCCAAGAAAAACAAACCUCCAAAGACAAAAAGUGAUUCACAUCUAGUUCGCUCGCAGCACCUCGUUCGGACAAAAAGUGACUCUGACGCCGACCCCUCUAGACGAAGACCAAAAUCUCCAGAAUCUGAUGAUGAAAAAAAGAAGUUUUUCCAGUCGAUAUUAAAGGGAAAGAGCGCUUCUAGUAGCGAGAAGAUUGGACCUAUUCUUGAGGAGAAGGAAUCAACCGAUGAGAUUCCUAAAAGCUCUAAGGAAAACGAAACUCCAGAGAACCAUGCUUGCUCAUCAGAGGAAGAUGGUGAUGUGUCUGGGCUACCUGUUUCUGAGAAGGCUCCUGUUAUCGAUGAAAAGACUGGAAGCACAGAGACUGAAGGAUUAGAGGGGAAUACUCCUGUUGCUACAUCAGAAGACAGCGCGAAAAAUAAUGACACGAAGGAGAAGGAAACAGAUAUACAUCUGGAGAAAGAAUCUGAAUCUCCUAGUGAAGACAAAAAUGAGACUGCAAUUUCCCGCGAGGAAGGCGUAAAAGAAAAUUUAGAUAGUCAAGAAGGUAGGGAAGUCGGAGAUAAAACUGCGCAGGAUGUCGGUGAUGAUACUAAGGAAAAACCUGAGCCAGAAAUAGAUAAUAAGGAAGAGGAAAACGAAAGAAGUGUAACAGGUGUUGGAUCUGAUGUGCGGGGUACUGAAGUUGCUGAUUCUCAAAGUAAAAAUGUUUCAAAGAGCGUUCCUGGUCUUGCUGUGUGCGUGGAUUCGCCCAAGAAAGAUUUAGAAGAGAAAGUUGAAAAUGAAAGAAAGGGAUCAGGAUCGGGUAAUGAUGAUAAUGGUAGUGAAAUUAAGAAUGAAAGCGAAGAAAAAGAAAUCGCAACGAUUUCUGAGGCAGUCGUCAAAGAAGAUGAUUCUAGUGUUGUUUCGAUACCAAAAGGAUCUGAAGUUACUGAAGGACUUGAAGUAAAGUCACCUAAAGAGGAAUCUGGAGAACAAAGUAUUAGUGACAAUGAUAAAUCUAAAACGAACUCUGAAGGACCAUCCCACAUGGAGAAUGGGGAAUUGUUAGCUGAAGAAAGAGCGAAAGACCAGGAUAGUAGUAUUAGUUUAACAAUGAAAAGCUCGUUCAUAGGAGCAACAGCUGCUACCUCUGAGAAUGAAAAUGAAGUUGUAAAUAAUUCCCCAAGAGGAGCAAAAACUGAAGCACAAAGUACAGACGAUGAAGCCAGCGGUGCGUCCCCAGGUGCGCAGUCUCCGGAACCAAGCGGAAGCACGUCAGAAUCUCCGUGUACUAGUGCCCAGGGUUCUCCAAGUAGAAAUACCGACACGACCGCAGCAAGCCCAGAAGAGGCUUCUCAGUAUCGUGCACAUGUGAAUAUUCCCGAGUUUCUUUGGUCUACGAUGCAUCAGCGUUUACUUGGUGAUUUACUCUUUGCUAUCGAAUCAGAUUUACAGGUUUGGCGAAGCCACACUCGUAAAACUGUCAUGGAUUUCGUCAAUUCCAAAGAAAACACUACAUACAUCUGGAAUCUCGCUCACUUCGUCUCCGUACUCGCGGACAACAUCGUCUACGCAUGUGGAGACUUGCUUCCUCUCUUGUCCUCCGUAACGUCACGUGACUAUACCCAGGACGUCAUCCAACCCUGUGGCGGAAUGAACCUGGAGACGAGCUUCUCGUUUCUUAAUCGACUAAUGUCAUUGGUGGAUGUGAUUGUGUUUACCAGUUCUCUUGCGUUUGGUGGAGUAGAGUCGAAUAGAAACAUGAGUAAUGGGGGUUUUCUGAGACAGUGUCUUAGACUCGUGUUUUGUUGUGCGGCACGCAAUCGACUCGUCUGUCGACAACGCAACCGACCAAUAUUUCCGCUGGCCAAAGACGGCCGGGUUACCAAGAAAACCCUGAAAGAAACACGCGAAGCAAUCAAGGCACUUAUCGCUUCGACGGAGCCUCCAUCUGAGAUGGAUAUGCUUCAGAAUAUCCCCGGCCACAUGACCACCGUUACUGAUCCCGAAAAGCUUCUGCAAGAGAUGGACGUGAACCGACUGCGUGCUGUGGUAUACCGCGACUUCGAGGACAGCAGACAGGCUCAGUUCCUUGCAUUGACAGUAGUGUACUUCAUCGCUGUCAUGAUGGUAGCUAGGUAUAGGGAUCUACUGAAGAGUGAUGAGGGAGAUGGUAGAGGCAGGUUUAAUACAUCACCUUCUGCAGAAGAAAACACGCUCAACAUAAAUGGAGUAGACAAAACAAGAAACAGAGCCGCCAGCUGGGGUGGUCAGCGAAGCAAAACAGUAGACGCCGAAGAUGACGUUUUCUCUUACCAAGAGGAAUCGAUUGCGAUACCCACCAUUCCAAAGACGUCGGAAUUCAGUCGGUUAAGCUUAUCGGAGAAAGUCGAGGUCGGAUUUAAAUCAUGUGGUUCUCUGUUAAAAGAAAUUCUUCUGGACUUCAGCCCGUUUUUGUCCCGCGUGUUGCUUGGAAGCCACGGGCAAGAGUUGGUGUUUGAGGGAUUGUCUUGUCAAAAAAGUGAUUCUAGUGUUGAGCUCGUCAUGCUUCUGUGCUCUCAGGAAUGGCAGAACUCGUUACAGAGACAUGGAGGUGCUGCUUUUAUGGAGCUGAUCAACGAAGGCCGAUUACUGUCCCAUGCGAUGCGUGAACGCAUUGUCAUGACAACCAGCGAGGCAUACGUCAUCAUGGCCAAACUACAGGACAUCUCAAAGCAGAAGCAUGUCCAGUUUGAAGAACUCAGUAGGCUCACCCGAGAUCUUUAUUUGGAGAGCGAAGACCUGCAAAGCAAGAUGUUGGUUGCUUCAAGACGACGAGAUAGUAGUGUAGCUAAAGGCCUGCUCGUUAAGAUCCAAGACAUCCUAACGAGUGAACAAGGAGCUUGGGCACCAGCUGAACCAUCCUAUGAAGUAUCGUUCCAUCGUCUUGCUUUAUGUGAGGACGACAGCAGACGACGAAUGCUGCUCGUCAAGAACCAGCAUGGAUCGAGUCACCCAGAGGCUACUCUAAUCCAAUCCUUACAAGACACCGAAGACCUAUUGAGCAAGGAAGCACAACAAAAACUCAACUUCGCCAAAAUCUCAUCGUCUGCUAUCGAAGACUCCUACUCCUUAGACGAAGAGGAUAUCCUCAAUGAGAUCAUCACGGACGAGAAGAGCCUGGAAACUGAUGAUUCCGGUCAGGUCCUGUUCUCUACAAAUUGUCACAUGAUUGCGCCAUGUGUGGUCGUCCCAGGCUCCUUGACUAUCACCUCGACCGCACUGUUCUUCUCCGCUGACGAAGAUGAUGAAGAAUAUCGUAAACUCGACCCCAAGGUUCUGCUUUAUUUGGAUGGUCUGCAAGGCAAAUGGCCUGUCGAACAAAUCAAGGCUAUCUUUUCCAGGAGAUAUUUACUACAAAAUUGUGCUACGGAGAUUUUCUUUGCUGGUGGAUCUUCUGCGAUGUUCAAGUUUUCUGAUCAACAGACCGUGAAGAAAGUGGUGAGGGCACUUCCCCCUGUAGGGGUGGGGUCGUUCUAUGGAGUCACACAAACAAGAGCCGCUUCGCUAUAUUCUCCAAAACAACUUUUCCAGAAGUCCACCAUGACACAACGAUGGCAGCGAGGAGAGAUCGAUAACUUCCAAUAUCUCAUGUUCCUUAACACCAUAGCGGGACGCACUUACUGUGAUUUGAACCAGUAUCCAGUCUUCCCGUGGGUGUUAACAAACUAUGACUCGCCAACUAUUGAUCUGAAAGAUCAUAACAACUACAGAGAUCUCUCUAAGCCCAUUGGUGCUUUGAACCCAAGUCGUCACAGUCAGUUCGUAGAGCGCUACGCAUCUUGGGACGAGAAUGAUGACAUUCCUCCAUUCCACUACGGUACUCACUACUCUACAUCAGGAUUCACUCUUGCUUGGCUCAUACGCUUGGAACCUUUUGCAACCAUGUUCCUUAACCUUCAAGGCGGUAAAUUUGACCAUCCCGGUAGAACGUUCUGUAGCAUUCAGAGGGCUUGGAAUAAUUGUCAAAGGGAUACCUCAGACGUCAAGGAACUGAUCCCUGAACUUUUCUACCUUCCUGAAAUGUUCCGCAACAGUAACAGGUUCACAUUUGGAGUAGACGAUGACGGGACGGUCAUCGAUGACGUAGAUCUUCCUGUAUGGGCGUCGUCUGCUGAACAUUUCAUCACCUUGCACAGGGCGGCUCUCGAGUCAGAUUAUGUUUCACUAYAUCUACAUGAAUGGAUUGACCUAAUCUUCGGCUUCAAACAAAGAGGUCCUGAGGCUGUUAAAGCAACGAAUGUGUUCUUUCAUCUGACGUAUGAAGGCAGUGUUGAUCUAGAUUCCAUCAGUGAUCCCGUCAUGAAAGAGGCUGUACAGCAGCAAAUCAAGAGCUUUGGACAAACACCAUCACAGUUAUUAUUAGAACCUCAUUUACCUCGUAUCACACCAGAACAACAGGCCCUACUCAAUAAAGAGCCAUUUAAGAGUAUAUACUUAACAUUCAAGGUAACAGAGAAUGUACCUGUAACAUACGUUGCUGCGCACACAGCUAAUCAUCAAGUCUAUCCCGCCGUGGUCACCAUCAGUUGUAACCAGUGCUUUUCUAUCAAUCGCUGGGUGAAUAUAGAUUCGUUGCAAAGUCUUCGUGGAGCUCAGAUAGAACAGGAUCCCAUGCUAGCGACUCCUGCGGGUCGUCAAAGACGUCAGCUUGGUGAACCACUGGAUCAGAACGUCACCCCAAGCGCCUCCUGUUUUGUUGUCACUGGUGAUAACAGGACGAUUAUGGCGUGCGGCUACUGGGAUAACAGUUUUAAAUGCUUUUCCACUGAUAGCGGUAAAUUAACACAGUGCGUGUUUGGGCACUGGGACGUGGUCAUGUGUCUUGCCUACAAUCAACACGCUGGUCUGAUGGGAGGUUAUGGGAUCGUAGUGUCAGGAUCACGUGACGCAACACUGUUGGUGUGGCACUGGAACGAACGGAUGCAGAGAAUUGUCGCGACGGACGGAUCAACUGAUGCUAGUCCAUCUCCUCUGGCGAUCUUGACCGGCCAUGAACAGCCUAUCACUUGUGUAGAUGUCAAUGCGUCAUUAGGACUAGUGGUUAGUGGAUCACAAGAGGGUCCCUGUUUGGUGCACACCCUGACAGGGGAUCGUCUCCAUAUUCUCUACGSACCAAGUGACUGCAUUAGACCACGUCUGGUUCGUCUACUAUCAUCGGGUAUGAUACUAGUCAACUAUACAGACAACAGUGGUCACCUAGCAGUCUUUACUAUCAAUGGCAUGAUGAUUGAGGCCAAGAAACUAGAUGAUCAUGUGCUGGCCAUUGCAGUUUCCAAGGAUGGUUCUUUUAUGUUAGCUGGUGGAUUCAGUCGAUACUUGACAGUAUGGCGGACUCAUGACUUGGCCUUAAUCCAUACUUAUCCACCCUGUGAUGGGAGUAUUCGUGCCUUGGCGAUAUCCACAGAUGAAAAGUGUCUCGUAGCAGGAUUAGCAUCAGGAAGCAUACUCGCCAUAGCAACGGACUUCAGCCGCUGGCCAUUAAUAUAAUCGUAGGCUCAACCUGUUUCUGUCUCAUAAUGUUCUCGAAUCCCUAGAAGCAAGCGAUACAUAAUUUCUCUACUAUAAACAUACCUCUAAACUCACAGGUCAUCUGUAAAUAGCACACUCCCAUCCUCUGAAAACCAGGAAUAAAAUUCUGUGCGAGAAACGAGCGACAGAAUUUUAUCCCUGCGUUCCCGAGGAUGGCACAAGCCUAGUUUUACAGGCUAUUCUCCUCGCUAUAAAGUAAUCGAACAGUGUCUGUCUAUGUAAAGCGUAUCGAGGAUUUGUUCAGGAUCUAGUCAGCGGUUUUACCAGGGAGGUGGGUAGGGAGGAGGGUUAUCCACAUGAAAACCACAGGGGGCCCAAAUUAUUAUUUAGUAUCCGCAAGACUAAACAGGUAUCACUUGGCUUUCUCUUUAAAAGUAUAACUAAAUAAUAAUAAUCUUAUGACAUAUAAUUGUAUAAUGUAAUGGUAAAUUUCAAUAUUUAAGAUGUAUGAGAAAGCACUGCAUAAUCGAAAAUUAUAGAGCGGUUAUGAUUUGGGAGCGAGAUUCGUUACGAUAUUAGUUUUGGUGACAAAACGACGCAUGCUCCAAAACGUACAGUUCAAUUAAUAGCAUGUCAAGCCAUAUGUUAAUGGCUAAUAACCGAAUGUAGGAUUUUUAUUAAUUCAUUUCGAUUUCCAAACGAAAUUAAAUAUACUAGGGAAAUGUAUUUAAGUGAUGAUGCACCGACUGAAGAGAAAUCAAAGCACAAAAUAGAAGAUUAUAAUUCAUAAUUGUUGGUGAUUCACGAUCGAUUCUUUGAUCUGAAGGGUUUUUACUUACUAAUUUCAAUUUGAAAUAUCCCCUCGGAGGGGUUAAGAUAGGACUUUUUUCGUUAAGGUGUAAAUGUUAUGGAAAAAGCUACGCAAAAAAAAUCUCUCAUUUUUCGCUUGUCUAUUUCUCUAGCUCAAAAUGUAAAAUGAGAAUUGUAAUAACAGUACAAUAGGGAAGAAUUCGUACGAGUGGGAAACUUACGUAACGCAGUCUCCCGCUAAAACCAUUCGGGAAAGGCACACUGUACUUCCGCCAGUCGCAGUUCAUGACAGAGGCAGGAGGGUUAUGUAAGUUUACUAUUCAUAUACUUAGUCGAGUAUAAAAUAUUCCAAGUGCUCGAGAUAGUUAGUCAUUAAAAAUGACGUAUUGAUGAUAA